AUGUCGUCGAUGGGCCCAAUCUGCGCGCUCGUGUCCGGGAAGUCAAAGGUGGCACCGCUGAAGCUGCUCAGCAUCCCGCGCUUGGAACUGCAGUCAGAUGUGGUCGGCUCGAGACUCAUGAACUUCGUGCAGGAGAACCACACCCUCAAGAUUGCAAGACGGGUCAUCUGGUCAGACUCCGAAGUCGCUUUGUCGUGGAUCCAUUCUGACCAGCGAAAGUAUAAGCAAUUCGUUGCCUUCCGCGUCGGCGAAAUUCUGACGCUGACCAAGCAGAGUGAGUGGCGGAAGGUGCCAUCAAAGCUGAAUCUGGCGGACAUGCUCACCAAGUGGGACAACAAGCACAGUUUCGGGCCGGACGGGCCUUGGUCACGAGCGCCGGAAUUCAUCGAAGAAGCCAAGAGACUGUGGGCCAUCUCGAAGCAGCUGGUGCAGCUGAAUACACCCGAGGAGAUGCGAGCGAGUGUGCUGUACCACAGCAUCAUUGUUACCGAGCAAAUCAUCGAUCCUAAAAACUUUUCUCGCUGGACGGUGAUGGUACGAUCCGUGGCGUGCCUGGCUCGAUUUCGCUCCAAUUGUCGCAGAAAAGCCCAAGGUUUGCCGAUCGAAGCACUUCCCCUUUCGAAGGCGAUGAAGGGGCUCGUGAAAAGGACCGUGCCAGUAGUUCCAGUCCCGCUGAAGCGGGAAGAAUACCAGAUGGCGGAAACAUACUUGUGGAGAUGGGCGCAAGCGGACUACUUCCCAGACGAGGUGACGACCCUCCUUAAAAACCUCGAACUCCCCGCGGACAAGAAGCUAUCCCUGGAGAAGAGCAGCGUGCUGUACAAGCUGACCCCGUUCGUGGAUGAGCAGAAAGUGAUGCGAGUUGACGGUCGACUUGAGCGAGCUACCAUGGUUCCGUUUGAAGUUCGCUUUCCCGUCAUCCUACCCAAAGGUCAUCCCGUGACAACGAAGCUGCUGGAGCACUAUCACCAGAAGAUGGGCCACGCGUACUUCGAGACGGCAAUCAACGAGCUUCGGCAGCGUUUCUUCAUCCCUAACCUACGAGCCGAGCUGAAGCGGGUGAUGACGGCGUGCGUGAAGUGCAAGGUGGAGAAAAGCGUACCGGCAAUCCCGAGAAUGGCACCACUUCCAGUCCAGCGUGUGACUCCACAUCAGCGGGCGUUCAGCUACACCGGGGUCGACUACUUCGGCCCAAUAGCAGUGACGGUCGGGCGGCGUUCCGAAAAGCGUUGGGUCAGCCUCUUCACGUGUUUGACCACGCGUGCCAUUCAUCUGGAAGUCGUACAUAGCUUGACCACACAGUCGUGCGUCAUGGCUAUCAGACGAUUCGCAUGUCGGAGAGGAAUGCCCAUCGAGUUCUUCAGCGACAACGGCACGAACUUCCAGGGCGCGAGUAAGGAGAUCGUACGCGUGGACGCGGAAUGCAGAGAAGAGUUCACCGACGCCAGAACGAGCUGGAACUUCAACCCACCAUCAGCGCCGCACAUGGGCGGGGCCUGGGAGAGGCUUGUGAGGUCAGUCAAGGAAGCACUGAAGGCGUUCGACGACGGGAGAAAGCUGACGGACGAAGUGUUGCUGACCAGUUUGGCGGAAGCGGAGGAUCUCAUCAACACACGUCCGCUGACGUACUUGUCAACCGAAGCAGGAUCAACCGAAGCUCUUACGCCCAACCAUUUCUUGCGAGGAGUAACGGCCAACGACGGAGCUCAACGCGCUGAAUCGACCAGUCCAGCCGAAGCUCUCCGAGACGGCUACAAGCGGUCGCAACUCCUUGCUGAUUGCUUUUGGAAACGCUGGAUUGCGGAGUACCUUCCGACCCUGAACCAACGGACGAAGUGGCACGCGGAGGCGGAGCCUAUCGCGUGUGGAGAUGUCGUCUACGUCGUGGAAGGCGCUAAUCGCGGUAACUGGGUCCGGGGCAUCGUGACGGAGGUCUUCAAGGGUGCCGAUGGACGCAUUCGGCAGGCGUUGGUGAGGACAAGCAGAGGAGAGCUGAAGCGGCCGGUGAGCAAACUGGCGGUGCUAGAAAUUCAGGAGCGUAAAACCGGUGCGAAGGAGGCUCCUCCCACCAGAAUUACGGGGCGGGGCAAUGUUCGCACCGCUGGGCAGUUGAUGAAAAAUACUAUGCCAGCAAGUGUAUCACGCGAGAUGAGAGAGAACGCAGAGAAGAACUCGGACGGCCGGAAAGCCGGACCGCGACGAAAACCCAUGUAAACCCUAGAAAUUGAAAAAGUUGGAUCGUCACAUUAGCCAUUACAAAGUGUAACGUGGUUGCGUAAAUUUAGCCGAAUUUACCAUCAUUUCUUUAACUUCCUGGUUCGAUCGGUUGAUCAGCUUAACCAGAUUUCAGCGCGUGUGGGAGUAAAAAGCCACGAAAGAGGGCAUAAAUUGUCACCAGAUUAACCAUAAUUAAAGCCACUUAGCGACCAGCGAAUUUAACCCGUGAGCAACAAGAGCAUUUGUGUGAGGAAAAGGUGAUAAAGGGCAAACUAUUCAUGUGAGUUGAAUUAUAUUUCCAUCUAAAUCAUGCGUAAUAAAAUCAAUAUUUUUUAGUUUUAAGCUACUACCAGAAAAGUUGCUGUAAAAAUUCAGUUUGUUCUGAG